AUGGUGUUGGAUGCUCAAAGGUUCAAGGAUCAUUGCUUGAUCAUUGUGGGCGUUGGCGGCAAGGCCGAUGAGAUCUUGGCCAAGCGGCGCUUGGCCGCGGGCGGGCGCCUGGCGCACUUCAUGACUCAGGGCCCGAUGGAUGUGAGGGUGACUCAGCAGUCUGUGGAGGAUGGGAGCGAGUUUGACUUCUUCACUUGGCAGCCACCGCCCGCCAGCAUGGGCAUCUCCAAGUUUGCGCAGAAGCUCCAGGGAAAGCCCCGGACCUAUUGGACGAAGAAUGGUCCAGAUGGCAUCAUGCUUCAAGAUGAUCAUCGCUUGAACCUCCUCACCGGCGUGGACGGGAAACUUCGACAUUUAACCCUGACGAAUGAUGAGGGCGUUGUCUUGGUGGAGAUGUCCGGCGAGAUUGUGGUGGACGUCGAUGAGCAUACGGCGAAGGUCUUUGAGGUCGACGUGCAAAACCCGGAGAUCAAUUCCUUCGGAAGCUUUUCGUGGCGCUUCGUUCGCCUCGCCUUGGCAAUCCAACUGCUGUGGCAGGUGGCAAAGCUGUCCUUAUCCAUCUCCUUUGAGCAAGACGCGGUGCUGGGGAAGAUCCCGUGGUACCGCAACCUCUUGUCGGCCCUGAACUGGACCCUCACAGGACAACUCGUGUGUACUGAGAUGUGGUCCUACAGCCUCACGGGCGAGCCCGCUUCGGGACAGACCCACGUGGUGGCGAACUUGUCGGCCACCGUGGGGAUCAUGGCGGUGACCUAUUUCCAGUUCUCGGAGUUCGUCCUUUGCCUAGUUGGAGCCAUCUUUGCAUUGGUGGCGCCGCUUCUCCAGUACUACAACACCAUGGACAGCCAUCCAGAUCGACGCAUGUUCCCUCACGCCGCCUGGACCUUCGCACAGUUUUGCGGCACCUGCGGAUGCUUUACCAUCUUCGGCAUCAUCGGACAAGUCUAUUCCCUCCUUUUGGAGAGUGGGCAGACGACGGCCGCAUCCUUCUUACUUCCUUGUGGGACAGCCCUCGGAGAGACGGGCAUGGUGAUUUUCACCCGAGUGGCCUACAACUGGCUGGUCCACACCAAGAAAGUGGAUGGCCAGGGCCCUUUGGCGGGUGAUCAGAUUUACGUGGCGGCGCCCUGCUUGAUCAUGUCCGCGCAUGGCUUCGCCGAAGCUUGCCGCUUGGCCGCCACCCUGGCGGGCGCCAUCAACAGCGGCGGCUUUGCAUGGGUGCCCACGACCUGCUUGGGAGUCGCGUUAAACCUUGCAGCUCGCUUGGGCUGGUCGCGUUUCAUUUUGAUGCAGCUGACCAAGUGGUUCAAAGGGGGCCCGGCGGCCGUCGCCAUCUUUGCACCGACCGGGUGGAGCAAGUAUCAUGAUGAGCUGAAGAUCUAUUGCGGCUACUACCGGUUUGUCCUGGUGCUCGCCCUCGUGGGGGUGAGGGCAUUCACCUAUCAAAGUGCCACGGUGGAGGGUCCGUAUGCUCCAGCCUUCAACUGGUCAGCCACGAUCUUGAUUCCGGUGUUGAUGCUUGCGGAGAUCUUCGAGGACGAGAUCGUCACGCGGGAGUUGUUGCCCGUGAACCCGGCCGGCGCCGGUUUGUUGAAGGUCAACGUGGCAGGAGACAAUGCAGAUCCAGCACAGCUCAUUACCCUUGAGUACUUGAACAACAUCCCGGAGAAUGAUCCCUGGAAGAUGUUCGAGCUGGAGGCCUCCGGCAAAAGGUCGCAGAUGAGCUCCUUGAGAAGAACUUCCUCCAAACUCAGCUUCGGCAGCAUUGGCGCGAGCACCAACACAGCACGCACCGUCGAAUCCUUCGGAAGGCCGACGAAGAGUGCCUCCUUGGGAACGAGCGACCGCUACGUGUGGGCACGCUUGCGAAGGUGGUUUGGACAGCCCAGGGCGUUGAACUCCUCUCCGGCGCUUCACGGACUGCGGGAGCUGCCCUUCAUGAUUCACUUGAGCUUCAUAGGGAUUGUGGCAGAGUUCACAGCGGGCCUGCUUGGUCUACUGGUGGGCGCGGGCUACAUCCGCGGCAUUUGUGAAGCGCCGCUGCAGAGCUCCGGACGGAUCUUGGGGCUGAUUUGGUGGGAUUCUCCGUUGCCAUGCUGA